AUGCUGGUGAGCCACCCAUUCGCCAAGCCUGACUUGGACGCCGCCGCUGACCACAAGCAGUACAUGUACCAUUCUUUGAAUCCGAUGGUAAGCGUCACUGCCAACCCGAGCAAGAUGCUGGCUGCUCUUGCCAGGGAGGUGGCGAACAUUUCAACCUUUACCAAAGCCGUGAUGCUGUUCUGCGACAAGAGAGGUAUCAAGUUUGAAGCCAAUUCGAACAGCGCCCGCGCCGCCACCCAAAGCAAGUCCACCAUCGUAAUAUCAUCUACGGUCAUCAGCCAAAAGACAUGCGCAGCGCAGGCCUUUCGGAUGCCCGUCAACAUAUACUACUUCGGCCGAUCGAGUGCCGCCUCUCUGUACGAACAAACCUCACAAUUCAGGAAACGACUUGACGAUAUACACCAGCUUUCAAGUUCUCAACCUCACCAAAACUCAAUGGUGCUUUGCCAGCGCCACGCCGAGAUCAACCAGUUUACCAACAUCCAGUCUGGUUAUGGCGUUCUAUUCAGCCCGCAGCGCGCGGCCGACCAGGUGAUUUCGGCACUGGGCACGUUCAACAGCCGGUUCUUGAAGAUCCGGUCACAAAAGAAUGAUAACGACCUCUUCAAAUUGAAGACACACAUGCACGAGAACAGCAAUCCUGAUCAGCGCUUACAUCAAAGGACGAGUACUUUCAGUCGCUACAAAACGCCCGAAGGAGCAAAGCUGUCUUUGUUUGCUUCGAGAGAUGCAAGUGCCCAAGAAAGGUUUCGAAAGAAGGUUUUGAAGGCAUACGAUGCAGUGGAUGAGGAUGUGCAGUGUACAAAGUCCUGGCGCAUCGCGUACUUUGCAACACCACACAAAGACUAUAAUAUCGCCCAGAACCUCCGCGGCCGACCUCGCCUUCCCAACAACGAGAAGAUGACUGUGCCGUUGGGACUCAGGGUUGAAGACGUUCAAGAUGAACUUCAGCAGCUGUAG